AUGUCACUCCCCGAAUCAAAUCCAGGGGUUGAACUGCCACGAGAUCCCGAAAAAGCGAUUGAGCUACCAUUAACCGAAACUGCGGCACCCGAGCCGGUUCAGCGAGUCCCAACUCAAAGACAAGCAUGGAGCCUAGCACAAGCCGUGCCAGGCGAAUCAGCCACAGCAGCACUGCAGAGUAACACCACAGCGCCCUCACCUACCGCUGCGGCCCUCUCAAAACACGCCACACACCUGUACACAAUCUCUUACCUGAUCUUCUUCGCUAUCUUCGGUACCCUUGCGCGCCUCGGCCUCCAGGCCUUAACCUUCUACACUGGCGCGCCGGUCGUAAGCGGUGUGCUAUGGGCCAAUGUGGCAGGGAGCUUGGUUAUGGGAUUCUUAACAGAGGAUAAGAACCUAUUGCGCGAAGAAUGGGGUGACGCGCCUAUGUCCUUGACGGACAAGAACGAAAACGAGCGCAAAGAAGAUGCUCUCGCCAAGCUCCAAAAACACAAGGCCGUUAAAAAGACCAUCCCGCUCUACAUCGGCCUUACAACUGGGUUCUGCGGCUGCUGUACCUCGUUCUCCUCUUUUAUACGCGACGUCUUCCUCGCCCUGGCUAAUGCCCUCCCAGACCCCUCCACAACAUCCAUCCCUUCCCGAAAUGGUGGCUACAGCUUCAUGGCGCUCAUCGCCGUGAUCCUCCUUACCGUUUCGCUAAGCCUUUCAGCACUGAUAUUCGGCGCUCAUCUAGCCCUUGCACUGGGUCGGCUUACACCCACUGUACCAUUCAAACUAAUGCGCCGCAUCGUCGACCCUGCAAUGAUUAUAUUAGGAUGGGGAUGUUGGCUCGGCGCCGUAUUCAUGUCUAUCUGGCCUCCAGAUAGAAACUCUGGAUCUGAAACUUGGCGUGGACGCGCUAUCUUCGCAAUUGUCUUUGCGCCCCUCGGGUGCUUAUUGCGGUUUUAUGUAUCAUUACUACUCAACGCGCGGGUCCCUGCAUUCCCGAUGGGUACGUUCGCAGUUAAUAUGAUUGGAACUGUUGUGGAAGGGAUGUGCUAUGAUUUGCAACAUGUUCGUGGACUUGGAACUGGGGUCUUGACGGGGUGUCAAGUGUUGCAGGGUGUUAUGGAUGGGUUCUGUGGAUCAACGACGACAAUCAGUACUUGGGUUGCGGAGUUGAAUGGGUUGGCUAAGAGGAGACAUGCCUACCUAUAUGGAGCUACUACUGUUGGAGCUGGACUCGGAUUUAUGGUGGUUAUUAUGGGCUCCUUGCUAUGGACUCGCGGGUUUGAUGAGCCUGUCUGUGGAUAA